CUAUUUACAGUUAGAACUUUAAAGACUCAUAGAAGUAGGUCUGCUGUAUUUUAAAGAUCUCAUCAUUCUUGUGGGAGAGACACAACACCAACACCAGGCAAGGCAACAGAUUGCUUCUGUCAUAUCGCUUUGCUGUUUUGGAGUGUACUUAAAGGAUUAUGAUUGAUAAGGCUGUCUUGCCAGAGAAUGUUGACACAGGUGUGCAUCGUUAUCUUAAUUAAGAUCCUGAGAAAAUGUUGUCUAUAAAUGGUGACAUAAGAAGGGCGGCAUAUUUUUGUACAGUUUUGCUUUUGGAGAAUUUAAUUGCACUUGAAACCUGUCUUUGAGCUUCCAGAUUUUGUGAGCACUUUGGCAACAGAAGUUUUAGAGAGAAAUGAUAGUUUAAUGUUAAGUGUUCUGGCAUGUACUGAUACUACUUGUGGCUUUUUGGCAAUGCCUGUGUCGGCUUUCUUUGUGCUCUACCUUUGUGGAAUAAUGGUUUCUAAUUUUGAAAGAAAAGCAUAAAAUACAGCAGUAUUUUAUUAAGCAAACACUUAUUGGUGUUCAGAAUAAGUCUGUAGAGGAGGGCAUGCUUAAUGUGCAGAAACAGGAUUAUAAUAAGAGGUGUUAAGUGUGAUGCUUCCAUAAUACAUUUGGAUGUUGUCAGCUAAGUUCACUUCUGAACUAAGGGGUUCCUCCAAAUGUUGGCUGAAAUUCAUCCCAAGGCUGGUCUGCAAAGUUUACAAUUCAUAAUGGAGCUACUGUACUGGCUAUUGGAAGGAGGAGAUUCUGAAGAUAAGGAGGAUGCCACUGGAAAUGUUGAAAUGAAAAAUAUUCAGCCGUCGGUCUUUGAAAUUUCCUGUGAUGUGUUUCAAUCGAGAUGCAAAGAACAUGGAAAAAUCAAAGUGCUCAAGUGGUUUAAAUAUGUUUUGGAUGUUCCUGUUUAUAGACUAUAAUACUUUUCCAAUUAAAAUCCUCAGUUGUCACGCAGAAGAAGGUUAAGCUGUAUUUGAUUGCCAGUUUUACUGAAAAUGCUUAGUAUUUUACAGUAUCACCAAAUAUAUUUUGUUUAGCCAAGGUAUAGGAAAAAUAAAAUAAAUUGUAUAGGUUGA